AAAAAAUAAAAAACGAAAUAACAAGAAAACAAUAACGGCGACAGGGAGGAGGGGGAUCACUCUACUUUUAGGAGUCUCCAUCUCGUCCUUAAUACUUUCCUCUGGACUCUGAAGAGCUAAGAAUAGUAGUGGAAUACAUUCCGGAAACAGAUCCACCAGAUCCUGCUACUCGCAAUUCCUCCCACGUUCUUAAUCGGCUUCUUCUUCUCUUCUUCUUCUUCUUCUUCUUCUUCUUCUUUUUCAUCAUCAUCAUCAUCGUCAUCAUCACAUCUUAAAGACUUGUUGAUUAGCCACUACUUCGACCAGCAGCCAUGUCCAGAAGGCCAGUAAAUCCUGCCAGACGUCCUGCAGAUGGCGGCAUUCCAUUUGCGAGCGCAUUGCAUCAGAAAUCACGCGCUUCACCUUUGCUAUCAAUUGGGCUUGUACUUGUGGGCGGCUUCCUUCUUAUUGCCUAUUCUUAUAGUGGUUCAGGUGGACUUGGUGGAGAUAGAGAAGCUCUUAGCAAGGUUGAAGGUGAUCUUUCAUCUACGUCAGAAGUUCAGAGAGCCUUACCUUUCCUGAAGAAAGCAUAUGGUGAAGCCAUGCGUAAAGUUUUGCACGUAGGCCCUGACACUUGUUCAGUGGUCUAUAAAUUGAUAAAAGAAGAGGAUUCAGAAGCCUGGGGUGUGGAACCAUAUGACAUGGAAGAUGCUGAUGCUACCUGCAAGAGUCUUGUGCGCAAGGGCAUUGUGCGUGUGGCUGAUCUUAAGUUUCCUCUACCCUACAGUGCAAAGUCCUUCUCACUUGUUAUUGUGUCAGAUGCUCUGGAUUACUUGUCUCCAAAGUACCUCAACAAAACUCUUCCAGAACUGGCAAGGGUAUCCAUGGAUGGUCUUGUUAUUUUUACCGGUUAUCCAGGUCAGCAGAGAGCCAAAGUUGCUGAGCUAUCCAAAUUUGGAAGACCAGCCAAGUUGCGGAGCUCUUCUUGGUGGAUACGGUAUUUUCUUCAAACAGGCUUGGAAGAAAAUGAAGCUGCCACCAAGAAGUUUGAGCAGGUUGCAAUCAGAAAGUCCUACAAGCCAAGCUGUCAAGUUUUUCAUCUCAAUGCAUACCAUUGAAACUGCAGCAUGAUAUCUUCGAUGUUCAUGGAGGUUUUCAGUACGACAAGGCAGGAGUGUCUUCAACAUUCUCAUCCGAAAUACAUCUUCCUGAUGGGUAAAUUAUGUUCUCUGGAUGCGAUAAGUUCUGAUCACUUAUUAUUAUGUUGUGUUCCAACCAGUAGAUAGUAGAUAUUUAUUGAUUAAUAUUUUCAUUUUGGGGGGGGGGGGGGUGUGGUUAGCUUGAUUUUUGUUAGGAUUUUCUCUUCUGAAUUUUGUUGCAACUGCAAGACAGUUUCUUUGACAAAUUCACUCAAUGUUAUGAUCUUGACAAGACUGUCGCCAUUUAACCAAGAAAUGAAAUGCCGAUCGAAAUUAGCUGUA